AUACUGAUAUAAUUCAUCAAAUGGCGAUGGACGCUUUAUUGUCAGUUUGUAAUUUGGGGGUUUUGGAAUCGCUAUCCGAAACUUCAAUCUCAGAGAUUUUAGAUAGCUGGAACAGCUUCUGUUUGAUUACAGAAACCAUCAUUAACAGUUAUCAUAAUAAUAAUAAUAAUGAUGACGCAAAUUUGUUAACUUUUUCUUCUUCUUAUAUUUCCAAGUUUCGAUCCAAUGUUUCGAGUCUAUGCAGAUACGGCGGUCUUUGUUCGUUAGUCGAACAACAUUUCCUUCAAUCCCUUCAGGACGUUUUUGAGAAAAAUAGUGCUCCAAAGUUUUGGAAGAAUUUUGAUGCUUAUAGCAAUGUCCUGGACCAUGAAAUGAAUGGCGGAGAUAUGCAAGAAGAUGAGGUUGAAUUACUACUUUGUAAAGCUUUGGAAGAAAUAUCACUGGAAAAACAGUACCAAGAGAAGUGCUUAGUGAUGCUGGUUAACUGUUUACAACCAUGCCAUGAUAAUGCACCAAUGGAAGGGCACCCCUUAGAUGUUGAAAAGGUCCUCUUUUCUAAGUAUCGGUUAAUUGUCUCUUCUGUUCUCAUGACCACUCUGCCACGCGAAUUUACUGAGGUACUCCACCGGUACUUCAAAGGAAGGUUAGAGGAGUUGAGUACAAUCAUGACUGGAGAUUAUGAAGACAGUAAUGAAUUCCAAGACAAUAAUCGACCUGGAAAAAUGGAUAUUGAUGGAACUUAUGUUAAGAAUAAAACUUUGGAAAACAAGUUAGUGAGGAACAUAGGAAUGGUUGUUCAUAAUCUAAGAAAUCUUGGAUUCACAUCUAUGACGGAAGACGCCUAUGCGUCUGCAAUUUUUUUGCUUUUAAAGGCUAAAGUUUAUGAUCUAGCUGGCGACGAUUAUAGGAAUUCUGUUUUGGAGUCUAUCAAGGGUUGGAUACAGGCUGUACCUCUGCAGUUUUUGCAUGCACUUCUUGAUUAUCUUGGUGAUUCUAUGAGCUGUCUUAGCCCUUCCAGUACAAAAUCACCUCUAGCAUCAACCCCUUCAUCAUGCUAUUCAGAAACCGGUAAACUCUCUGAAGGAAUCAUUAGAUGGCAGUUACGAUUGGAGUAUUUUGCUUAUGAAACUUUGCAAGAUUUAAGAAUAGCCAAACUUUUUGAGAUUAUUGUGGAUUACCCAGACAGUGCUCCUGCCAUUGAAGACUUGAAACAAUGUCUGGAGUACACUGGGCAACAUUCAAAACUUGUUGAUUCGUUCAUUUCUGCACUGCGAUACCGGUUAUUGACGGCUGGAGCUUCAACGAAUGAUAUAUUGCACCAAUAUGUUUCAACUAUAAAAGCACUUCGAACAAUAGACCCAGCAGGAGUGUUUCUGGAAGCAGUUGGUGAACCAAUCAGGGAAUAUUUAAGAGGAAGGAAAGAUACUAUAAAAUGUAUUGUGACUAUGCUUACUGAUGGUACUGGUGGGAAUAACAGUGGGCCUGGAAACACCGGGGAUAGCCUGCUUGAAGAAUUAAAUAGAGAUGAAGAAAAUCAAGAAAGUACGCCUCUGGAUGAUGAUAUUACUACGGACGACAAGCAAGCAUGGAUUGAUGUGCAACGCUGGGAACCCGAUCCUGUCGAGGCUGAUCCUUUGAAGGGGAGCCGGUAUGGAAGGAAAGUUGAUGUACUUGGAAUGGUUGUUGGGAUAAUUGGUUCAAAGGAUCAGUUAAUAAAUGAAUAUCGUGUUAUGUUAGCUGAAAAGCUUCUGAACAAAACUGAUUAUGACAUCGACACGGAAAUACGAACGCUGGAGCUUCUCAAGAUACAUUUUGGUGAAAGCAGCAUGCAGAAAUGUGAGAUCAUGCUCAAUGAUCUGAUUGAUUCAAAAAGGACAAACACAAAUGUUAAAACCACCAUUAAUCAGUUAUCUCAAACAGGUGUUGAGCCUCUGGAGCAUGAGAUUUCGUUUGAUAUUCUUGAUGCUACUAUCAUAUCUUCAAAUUUCUGGCCACCUAUCCAGGAUGAGGCUGUCAACAUACCUGAGCCUGUGGAACGGCUUUUAAGUGACUAUGCUAAGAGAUUUCAUGAAAUUAAAACUCCUCGCAAGCUAUUAUGGAAGAAAAAUCUUGGUACCGUGAAGUUAGACUUGGAAUUUGAGGAUAGAACUUUGCAGUUCACGGUCACUCCUGUACAUGCUUCAAUCAUUAUGCAAUUUCAAGAUCAAAAAAGUUGGACUUCCAAGAAUCUUGCAUCUGCUAUUGGGGUGCCUGUAGACACACUUCAAAGAAGAAUAAACUUCUGGAUAAGCAAGGGGAUCAUUGCAGAGUCUUCAGAUGGUGACUCUAGUGAUCACAUGUAUACUCUGGUGGAUGGCACAGAUGAUGGUGGUAAGACUGCCAUUAACAAUGAGGAGUUGGUAGCUGAUGAUGAUGCCGAUAGAUCAGUGGCUUCAGUUGAGGAUCAGUUACGAAAAGAAAUGACUGUAUACGAGAAAUUCAUCUUGGGGAUGCUUACAAAUUUUGGCAGCAUGGCGUUGGAUCGAAUUCAUAAUACUCUCAAGAUGUUUUGCAUUACUGAUCCCACUUACGACAAGUCACUCCAACAACUGCAAAGCUUUUUGUCGGGCCUAGUUGUAGAAGAGAAGUUAGAACUUAGAGACGGGAUGUACUUUCUAAAGAAAUGAUCAACCAUGGGAAAAGCAUUUUCACAUAUUGUUAUAGGAAUCUAUUGGUAAGUGUCAAUGGUGAGAUCUUCAUGGAAGCUGCAGCAAAACCCUGGUGGAGCAUACCAGGGGUCUAAAGAUUCUAUUUAUGGCAGCUUUUCCAACCUGUAUAUAUGUAACUUUUUGGCUGUUGUCGCUAUGUUAAUUUAGCCGUUUAAACUUCUAUCUACAAGCAAACAGUUUAAACCUCUGAUGUCUGUCCAAGCAUCAAGUAAACCCCAUCAAAGUUGCAUACCCCGUAACAAUAACCUAAGCUAAUAUAUCAUUAACAUCUAGCUUGA